GCGGGCGGUUUCUCCCCCCCCCCCCCACGCGCGUGAGUCGCCCCGGCAACGCUAGUCGCGCUGGAGCUACGGACGAUGGCCCAUCGAGGGAAGGGGACGGCGGCCUCGGUGCGGAAGAAGCUCGGCCCGAAGCUGGAGCUCAGCGCGGCCCACAAGGAGCAGAUGCGCGAGGCCUUCGACCUGCUGGACGCGGACGGGACGGGCACCAUCGACGUGCGGGACCUGAAGGUGUCCAUCCGCGCCCUGGGCUUCGACCCCACCAAGGAGGAGCUGCGCCGGGUGGUGGCCGAGGUGGACAAGGAAGGGGCGGGCAAGAUCGGCUUCGACGCCUUCUACUCCGUCAUGGCCCAGAAGAUGUCAGAAAUCGAUUCCAAAGAGGACAUCCUGAAGGCCUUCAAGCUCUUCGUGGACAAGGACAGCGGCAGGAUCGCCUUCAAGAACCUCAAGCAGAUCGCGGCUGAGAUCGGGGAGAAGCUCACCGAUGAAGAGUUGCAGGAAAUGAUUAACGAAGCCGACCUGAAUGGCGACGGGGAGGUGACCGAGCAGGAGUUUCUGAAAGUCAUGAAGAGGCACGAUUACUAGGCAACACGUUGUAUGAGCAGAGCCACAACUUCCCAAGCUGAACAAGGACCCUUCCUGGCUGAAGAGCAUCUGGCGAUCGAUCGCAAGAGGCAACAAGAGUCGCCUUCAGCAGGAGAGGACCCACUAAAAAAAAAUCAAAAACCCAGGAAUCGACUGAGAUUUUGUGACAGGGCAAAGCCUCCAUAAAAACUGGGAGAGAGGGUGGGGGGGGCUAGCAGGAGAGAGUGGUUGGUCUGGCCAGCUUUGCCUCCUCCUCUCCUGAAUGGGAUGGUUUGUUCUAAGGCUUUGCAAAAAUUUCCACCGAAGGGGGGAGAGGCAGCUAUGCGCACAAGUAACACUGGCCUUACCUGGCCAAGAGAAAUAAAAUUGCAUAUGUUGUAAUUGC